AAUGAGAUUUGUUAGAUUAUGUUGUUUGUUCUAAGGUGUAAAUUAUCACUUGUCUCCAAUUGCUAUGCAUAUAUAACAUUUAUAUAUAUGUCUGGAAUAUUUCAGAAAAUGAACCGGUUAUUUAACCUCACUCAGACAAUGAUCAGCCGAACUCUGCUUGCGCCAUCGGCGCCAUCUUUAAAUUCAAAUUUGGCACCAAAUUUUCUAAAACCAUUUCGUGGAUUUUUAAAUCAGAUCGAGCAGGUCCGGGAAAAGUCUCAAAAGCCGAGAAAACUUCACAAAUCUCUUCGCGAUGGCGGAGAUAAUGGCGGAUUAACAUAUGGCGUUGAAAUAAUGGAUGCACAUAGAAAAGGACCACAUAUUAAAUACAGACCGAAUAAAAACCCUCUGGGCUAUGGAGUUCCAUUCGCUAAGGGAAUAGUAAUUAGAACAGUUGUUAAAAAACCAAAGAAACCUAACAGUGCCAAUAGAAAGUGUGUUGUUGUUCGUCUAUCCAGCGGUAAAGAAGUAACUUCCUAUGUACCUGGUGAGGGUCAUAAUUUACAGGAGCACAACCAGGUGCUGGUGCGUGUGGGGCGGCUGCGUGACACCCCUGGAGUUAAAACUAAAUGUGUCCGCGGCAAAUACGAUCUACCCCACGUGGUCAAGAAGAAACAGUAAAACCGCCAUCUUGAAUUGUUGUUAUCUGGUUAUUUUUAUCUUUACACAAGAGAAAUAUAAUUUAUGUUCUAGAAAAAA